UUUUUUUUUUAUUUCCUAUUUGUAUUUAUUUAAUAUUAAUGGUCAAAGAAUGGAGAAGGGUAGUAGAGAAAGAGAAUGGAUGUUGUAAAGAAAGCGUGUAACCUACAGUGAUGAUAGUGUAAAGUGUAAACGAACCCGAAGACAAGGCCGGCUCCUUUACAAGCCCUGUUCUGUUUCACUGCCACCAAUUCUCUUUCUUUCUUUCUUUCUUUUCUUCUCUCUUUCUCACAUCACCACCAAGCAAUAUCCCUCACACAAGAGUGCUUGUCUUGUUUAUAUUUAAUCCUCUCUGUUAUUGUUAUUGGUCGUUUCCAGCACUUGGAUUCCUUUACUUUGUCCUUUGACCCUUCCCAUAGAAGAAGAUAAGUUUUACCCGCUAGAGUUAUUCUGCUUCUUGUGAUGGGAUUUUGUGAAAGAGAAGAAAGACUUGAUUUCUAGAGUAUGGGUUUCUGAUCGAGUUUGUUUGGAUUCAUCUACGUGUUUUGAGGAUUUGAAGAAAAGGGAAGACUUUUUUUUUUCUUUAAUUAUUGUUUUCGAGGAGAUGGGCUGUUUUCCUUGUUUCGAUUCGAGGGAAGAAGAGACUCUGAAUCCACAAAAGGAAAACGAUAAUCGAAAGCAAAGCUUGUCCACAGAGUCUUCCAACAUUUCCAAAUUAUCUUCUGGUGCUGACAGGCUUAGAUCAAGAAGCAAUGGAAGGUCAAAAAGAGAGUUACCAGUUCCUAAGGAUGGAUUAUCUGGUGGCAACAUCGCUGCUCAAACAUUUACUUUCCGUGAACUUGCAGCUGCAACAAAGAAUUUUAGGCCAGAGUCUUUCAUUGGGGAAGGGGGAUUCGGCUGUGUAUAUAAAGGGCGUCUUGAGAGCACUGGUCAGGUUGUUGCUGUUAAACAAUUGGAUAGAAAUGGCCUCCAGGGUAAUAGGGAAUUCCUGGUAGAGGUUCUCAUGCUCAGCCUUUUGCAUCACCCUAAUCUCGUGAACCUGAUUGGCUAUUGUGCUGAUGGUGACCAAAGGCUUCUUGUCUAUGAAUUCAUGCCCUUGGGAUCAUUGGAAGAUCACCUUCAUGAUCUUCCACCUGAUAAGGAACCACUUGAUUGGAACACAAGAAUGAGGAUAGCAGCAGGUGCUGCCAAAGGUUUAGAAUACCUGCAUGACAAAGCAAAUCCGCCUGUCAUAUACAGGGAUUUCAAGUCAUCCAACAUUUUACUUGAUGAAGGAUUUUUCCCUAAGCUUUCUGAUUUUGGACUUGCGAAGCUUGGCCCAACUGGAGACAAGUCACAUGUUUCCACCAGAGUUAUGGGCACUUAUGGUUAUUGUGCUCCUGAAUAUGCCAUGACUGGACAAUUGACUGUGAAAUCUGACGUCUACAGUUUCGGGGUUGUCUUCUUAGAGCUCAUUACUGGGCGUAAAGCUAUUGACAGUACUCGUCCACAUGGAGAGCAGAACCUUGUCACAUGGGCUCGUCCAUUAUUCAAUGAUCGUAGGAAAUUUUCAAAAUUGGCAGAUCCACAAUUGCAGGGCCGUUAUCCCAUGAGAGGACUCUACCAGGCUCUAGCAGUAGCUUCAAUGUGCAUUCAGGAACAGGCUGCAGCACGACCUCUCAUUGGGGAUGUAGUCACUGCUCUCUCUUAUUUGGCAAACCAGGCGUAUGAACCCAAUUCAGCUGGACAUGGCUACCGUGGUUCUGGGGAUAAGGAUGAGAAAAGAAACAGAGAUGAGAGAGGUGGGCAGUUAUCAAAGAGUGAGGAAGGGGGAGGAUCCAGUCGCAGAUGGGACCUGGAUGGGUCUGAGAAAGAAGAUUCCCCGAGAGAAACUGCAAGAAUGUUAAACAGGGAUUUAGAUAGGGAAAGGGCUGUUGCUGAGGCGAAGAUGUGGGGAGAAAACUGGCGAGAAAAAAGACGACAAAGCGCUCAAGGUAGUUCCGAUGGGAGUAAUGGGUAGUACCCAGGCGCCAUUCCUCCCAUCUUCUCUCCUUUUCUGAGUUAGCCACCAGACUCGUGAAGAAGCUUUGGAAGCUAAGCUUUGAUCUGGUCUGCCCAUGAGUUAACUUAUCCUUUCCAUUUUUCUUUCAUUUUCUUCUUUCACAAUACCCUUUUUGUUGAAACAUACAAGAAGACGAUUAUGAAGAAGAAAAGCAUAACUGAGAAUGUACAUUAUCUGCUAGGAGAGUUAAGAUAAGAACAAGACCUAUUUAUAAAAAUUUUGAGAGUGAACACAUA